GCCUGCCUCUGCCUCCUGAGUGCUGGGAUCAAAGGCGUGCGCCGCCGCCAACGCCAACGCCACCUGGCUUUAUGCGUUUGUUUGGAGACAGCUUUACUGUGCGGCCCAGGCUGGCUUCAAACUCGCCAGCCUCCUGCCUCAGCCUCACAGUGUGCACAGCACGCCCGGCUUGAUGAUGUUAUUUUUAAUAAUUAAACCUUUUAUCACCAAAAAAAGAAAAUUGGCCUGCUUUUUCUUUCGCCGCCCGACGCCACCGAGAUCGCGCGCGCGCGUGAGGCCUGUCCGCCGCUGCCGCCGACAUGAAUUACGCGGCCUCUUACUUGCUGGCCGCCCUCGGGGGCAGCUCCUCUCCUAGCGCCAAAGACAUCCAGAAGAUCCUCGACAGUGUGGGCAUCGAGGCGGACGGUGACCGGCUCCACAAGGCCAUCAGUGAGCUGAACGGAGAAAACAUCGAGGAUGGCACUGCUCAGGGUGUUGGCAAGCUUGCCAGCGUGCCUGCUGGUGGGGCCGUGGCUCUUUCUGCUGCCCCUGGCUCUGCAGCUCCUGCUGAUGGUUCGGUCCCCGCAGCAGCAGAGGAGAAAGACGAGGAGUCUGAGGAGUCAGAUGAUGACAGGGGAUUUGGCUUGUUUGAUUAAAGUCCUGCUCCCUGCAAAUAAAACCUUUGUACAUAUCUUGGAAAAAAAGAAAGAA